AUGGAGACGCUGGAGCCGAUCCAGCAAACCCUGGGCGAGAUCGACAAACGGAUCCCCGACGCCCUCCGCGCCGCGUUCGGCCUCGAGAAACGAGCCUCGUGCUCCUCCGAGGACGCCAUCGCCAGCUUCUUCGCGCUGUAUCUAGAGCCGCCGCAUCAUCGGGAGCGCCGCGAGCGCGACGGCGAGGAGCCGCGGGCUCUGAGGAUGAACUGGGCCUCAUGCUACGCGCCGCGCCACAACGAGGACGCGCACUUCGGGCACGACGAGGCCGGCGUCGUCGGCGUGGCGGACGGCGUCGGCGGGUACCGCAAGAAAGGCGUGGACGCCGGCGCCUUCUCGCGCGGGCUCAUGACGAGCGCCUUCCUGCAGGUGCUGGCGACCGAGUCCGGCACGCCCGUCUGCCCGUACACGCUGCUGGAGCGGGCGUACGAGGAGACGGUUGCCUCGGCCGCGAAGGGGGGGUCCACGGCGGUCAUCCUCUCGCUCGCCGGCACGGCUCUCAAGUGGGCGUUCAUCGGCGACAGCGCGUUCGCCGUGUUCCGAGACGGCAGGCUCGUGCACCGUUCGCAGCGGCAGCAGAGGCGUUUCAACUGCCCGUUCCAGCUCAAAGCAACCGGAAAAGGGGAGCGCGUGAACAAAGCCGACGUCGGGCAGAUGGCGGUGAGACACGGGGACGUCGUGGUGCUCGGGACAGACGGGCUGUUCGACAACAUGUUCGACGCGGAGCUGGAGGUGGUCGUGCGGAUGGGCAUGGCGCUGGGCUUCUCGCCCAAGAACAUGGCGGACGUCGUCGCGGGCAUCGCUUACGAGAUGUCGACGAGCAAAACCAGAGACUCGCCGUACAGCGCCGACAGCCGGAGGCUACAAGGAGACCAGCGCCGCGGUGGGAAGCCAGACGAUAUUACUGUCGUCGUCGCGUUCAUUGUCUCUCUGUACUCUUGACCUACAUUUGUUUUUCCACUCCUUCUUCCGUGCGUUGUGAGUCUUUGGGACAAGAGCUGUCAUCCAUGGACAUGUAAAGGAGUUUCCAACCAUAAAUCAGGUCUUUGG